AUGGCCGGCAAUAUCCUCGCAUGGAUCAAAGCGAACCUGCUGAUCGUGAUCUCGAUCGUGCUCAUCGUCAUCCUGCUCCCUGUUGGAUGGUUCUUCUCCAAUGGAUGGAACUCGUCCAUCCAGGAAAAAGCGACCAAAGCCUACAGCGACGAGAAGCGCAAGCUCACGCAAGCAAGCACCGUGGAUUACACACUCCCACGCGUACUCAAAGACGAGCAGCCGCUCACCGAGUCACGCGCCCCCAACGCGAUCGUCACCCGUUUCUACAAGGACCGCAAGGAACAACGCGAAGCGCAGGUCGAUGAAGUCAUCGAACGCGGGACAGCGUUCAACCAAGCGAACCACGAUGUCCCUGUCAGCAACCUGCUCCCCAAAGCCGAGUCCGCGAGCGAACUGCGCCGCAACGGAUACAAACUCGGACAGCUCGUCGCGGGAACCGUUGAAGCCCCAUCGAUCUACGAGCGUCUGCUCCGCAAGCUCAACGCCGGGAGCGCUCCCGAUGCCAACGCGCUCGCUUCUUCGCUGAGUCAGUACAAAAAGCAGCAAGAAGAGUCCUAUGCCGCGACCAGCGCGGAUGGACGCGUCUCAGAUGAAGACGCCAAGCGUCUCGAGCAAGAUCUGAUCAAGCGCCGCUUGGGUGAAUACGCCGGGCGCGCUGAGUCCAUCGCGUUCUACUGCCCGCUCGGCUCGAUCCAGACUGCACAACCAGAAGACGGCUUCUCCCAUGUCCCCAUCACCGAGCCGGGAUACGACUCGAUCACCGAGUCCAGCGUCUACACCUGGGUCUGGGAUUACUGGAUCAUCUCCGACAUCCUCCGCGCUGUUGGUGCCGCAAACACCGACCAAUCAGGAGUCUCUCUCGCGGUCCCCGAUGCGCCAAUCAAGCACAUCGAACGAAUUCGUGUUGACCAGUUCCUUGUCGCCGAUGCGGUCAUCGAUAUUGAUAUCGACUCCCGUCCUAGAGAUCGUCGUGAUCCAAGCCCUUCGUCAUUCAACGACGAGGAUCAGUUCAAGUCAUACACCGGACGCAACCAGCAACCCAACGACGCGUUCGAUGUACGCUACGCCGAGAUGACCGUCAUCGCGUCAUCCGAAAAACUACCAGCACUUUUCGACGCGCUCGGAAAGACCAACUACAUGACCGUCGUCGAUGUCGACCUCGAGCAAGUCAAUGUCGAAGAAGCACUCCUCGAUGGCUACUACUACGGCGAAGACCAUGUCGUCCGAGCUCACCUCAAAAUCGAAACCGUCUGGCUCCGCGCGUGGACCAAGGAUCUCAUGCCAGACUCCGUCAAAACCACGCUGGGAAUCCCGCUCGACCAGAACGAAGAGUUCUCCGACGGCGUCAACCCAAUCGCGCAGCACAUCGAGAAAGUCGUCCUCGGACUCACCGUCCUGAUCUUUCUCGCCGUGAUCUCCAUGCAGUUCGUCACCUCGCCGAACAAUGUCAAAGCCGGAUCACGCGAAGUCGCGCCAGACCAGAUCUACAACGAGCUCGCUUCCACUGCAAGCGCUCUCCAAAGCCAGAUCUCCGACACCUCGCCAUCGCUCCCGGAAGUGCAAUCAGUCGCAUUGCUCGACCGCUACAACAACGCCUUCGCAUCCAGCGCCGACAACGCAACCAAACUCCCAGCCGCGCUGGGUGAUGGGUUUGAUAUCGCACAAGCUCUGGAUAUCACAGGAUUCGACCCAACGAGUCAUAGUGAUGUCAUUGCCAAUAUCGAGCCGCUCCAAGUCCCAGAGACUUCAACCCCGAUCGCCGCUUCCGCGUGGGGAACACUCGAUCCAUACGCCGUGAUCGAAGUCCCUGAGUACGCCAACUUCGUUCCCGCGGCUCAGCCGUUCGACAUGCCAACAGUCUCCAUCGAAGCAAACUUCUCAGGAUCCACCCUCCGAGAUGUGCUCGAAGGCAACGACGGAUACCACGGCGUCCCACGCCUCUUCUGGGUCUCCACCGGGAUGGCCGUCAUGGGACUCGAAGUCGAGCGCCAAGAACUCCAAGCCGACGGAUCGUGGGGCUCAACCCAACCAAUCACCAUGCCUCCCGGCACGCCACUCCCAACCGGAGCGGUCACCAAAGACGACGGACUCGUCCGACUCAACGAGAUCAUCGCAAGCGCCCAAGACGCAUCGCACCAAGUCAUGCAGCCGAGUUACCCACCAACCAUCUCCGGACCAGCGUGGAUCCCGCCAUCCGAACUGCUCGACGAUGACCAGGGACUCACCGAGACCCAGCGCCUCCAGCGUCAACUCACCCGUCUGACCGCUGAACUCGAUCAACUCAACAACGCCGGGAAUCGCCAAACAAGCCGACCAACCGGCGGUCGCUCAGGAAAGAACCCAGGUGGCGCCCGCGAUCCCGGCAGCGCACCCACACGCUCCAACCGCGAUCGCAACAAAGAGCGAAUCGACUUCGUCGAAGAUCAGAUCGAUAAGAUCAAAGAAGAGCUCGAAGCGCUCGGCGUCGAGGCGGACACCGACGCUGCAACCUCGACCGACAUCCUCAACCAAGACGCGAUCCAACUCUGGGCGCACGACAUCGGAGUCAAACCAGGCGCGACCUACCGCUACCGCACCCGCGUCGUGCUCAACAACCCAUACUUCCGCAAGGGACCGUACCUCGACGAAACCGACGACGCGCAGCAAGCGCUCACCGUCGAGCCAUUCUCACGCGGAGACUGGUCCGACUGGUCCGAUGAAGUCGCAGUGGGGGCCAAAGAGUUCUUCUUCGUCACCGAAGCAUCCCAGCCGAUCUCCGGCGCAGACCUCCCACAAGCAAAGGUCGAGCUCUACUCCAUGUACUACGGCUACUACCGCCGCUCGUCCAUGAACAUCGAGCCUGGACAACCGCUCGCCGCCAACCUCCGAGUCUCAGGUGAUUUCGUCCUCUUCGACACCGGCGCUCUGGAAGCCGAUGAAGCCGCCGAGUACAUCGAGAAACUCAACAACGACGACGCAGACACAGAUACCCCAACCGGAAUCUCGACCGCGCCCGAUCGUCUGUCGAUCAAUCUCGACACCUUCCUCGUUCAGAUCGCAAGCGACCCAGUCGCUGCUCUGCGUGCCGACCAGCAAGUCAGCACACUGAUCUUCCGACUCCCCGACGGCACCCUCAUCCAGAGGAGCCCGAUCGAGGAUCGCAGCACCACCCUCUACGAGCAAGCCCAAUCCUCCUCGUCCCAAGCCGCCCGAUCGAGCCUCCGCCCGACCGGUCAGCCCGCCAGAUCCCCAGCCGCGGAUCUCUUCCUCCCGAUCGAGCCUUGA